AUGUCUUCCAUAAGCUCACCAGAAAGCGCAUCGGGUAGUAUCGAUGCGCUUGACGAAGGCCAUAGGCACAUAUUCACCAAUGCCAUCAUGAACAUUCUAGCAACAGAUCUCGCCGAGUUCACAUAUGCUCAAAUUCUUGAUGGCUUACCGACCGAGAAAUCUGUUCGGACCGGCUUCCACUUUAUGCAUGAUCACCCUGUUUUUACACUGCGCCACGAAAAUCUUUGUGAGGGCUAUUUAGACAAGGCUCGGAAGUUCAGAGCUCGCUUUGAUGCUUCUGAACUUUCGUUCGAGCCGUUGAUAGCUGUCUUCCUCUAUGAGUUAGAUGACGGCGCCCACAAGCAUGAGGCUCAUCAAACAUGGCUAGACAUGGUCAGCCGAGAGCCGAAGGGCCAGAGUCCGCCGAGGUACUACAUCCCGCCUGCUACAAUAUUCGUCCACCGCGCAUAUCGCUCUGCAGAGCGAUAUCCUAGGGGCGCUGCCGAUGUGGCCGGAUACUGGGCUGAAGGCCAAAUAUUUGGCGGCGUGGUUUGGUUUGAACGGGGCGAGACGGAUCGUGAAUGCAAAGGUGUAUGGAUUCACGGGGCCAGCCUACGUAGUCCUCGCACCCUCUACCCACCAACACAAAAGCAACUGGAUUCCCUCAUCUCGUUCCUCCUAUCCAAACCAGACGAAAAUUCUGUCUGCCCGCUACCUAUUCACGGAACUCCUGAAAACCGACCACGCUGGGAUCCAUAUGAAGCUCAGAGCCGUUUCCACAUUUUUCGAGAUAAGAACCUGCUGAGUCCACCGAUACAAUCUCCCGGACGGAGCUGCACCAGCGUUAAAGCCAGCGACUGGCCUGAAGUCGGCGACGAGAUGAUCUGGGUGCAGCAGAAUCAGCUGAGAGAAUGGGGUGAGCCAUAUGAUGCAAAGGUGAUGGCUGCAGCUGAGGAAGGGAUGAAGCUCAUCACACCCACGUCGCCCCUCUACCAACAGCCUUGA